AUGGAAUUUCCGUUUCGAUGGCCAAUCAAUUUCUACAAUGAUCGCAAACGUUUGACCGGCUUAAUUGUAUUACAUACGAUUGAUGCUGUUAUAUUUAUUGUUCGUCUAGGUGUUGUAAGUGGUGAUUUAAAUAGUGAACAUAAGGGUUCAGGUGGUAUCAACUUUUCUGUACCCAUAUUGCUACUUGAACUCAUUUCUUCAUUACCUAUCAUUGUUUCAAAUGUUAUUUAUAUCGUUAUGAAGUUUGUUGUGCGAAACUUAUUUGAAGAAGAAGAGGUUAAUUGGGGAUGUUGUAAACGAAAAACUAUAUGGCGUGUAGCGGUGUUAACGUGUUUUCAAUGCAAAUGCUAUCAAGAUCAUCCACAAGGAAUUCUAUUAACUAGAGUGGGUAUAUUAUUAGCAUUUUUCAUUAUUCGGUUUAUUGCAUUUAUUCUUGGUGCUGCGUGUGCUAGUCGUUACGGUCCAAAUAUAUGUACUGCAUACACAGUGUUAAGUAUCUUCUCACUAAUUCCCUUUUUCCUAUGUACAGUUAUUAUUGAAAUAUUUCAUUUUUAUCGUUUAUGGACAUAUCAUCCAAAUCCAGCCCGUAGUGCCGGUAUGCGUAUGCAUCGAUCUCAUAUACGUUUUAUGCCCUACCAAAUUCUCAAUGAUCGUAGUACCACACGUUGGAAUGUAAGAUCAUGUCAUGCGGGACAAAAUUGCAAUUCACUAAGUCUUCAUCAUCAACUAAUGUAUCAUCCUUUGCCGGUUUUUCAACAGGGAGAACAUAUUCCAGAUAUCACCGAAAAUCAAGUCAUUAUCGGUUUUUAUCAAACAAGCAAAGAAACUGCAUAUAACAUUGCAAUUACUGGAUUUAGACGAAAUCCUCAAAAUCGAUCAUUUGGUCGUGAUUUUUAUUUUACAACAAAAUUAGAUCCAAACAACCAAAGUGAAGCAAUUAUAUGUGCUCGACUUAAUAUAAGCACAAUAGCCUAUGUAAACGGACCCAUUCAUUUUGAACAAUAUUUCAGUGAACAAUUUAGUACGAUUUAUCAUAAUCCACCCGCAGGUAUACCAAAAGUAUAUAUUCAAAUUCCCGAACAAAUUGAGCGAUGGAUAAUUGUGAUUCGUCAAGAACAAGAACUACCGGCUGUGCCUACGUUUGAUGACACAGCUAACCCUAAUGACUAUGAUAGCGGCGUGUACCUAGGAUGUUUUUAA